AUGGCCAAGGAAGGCGCCGAGAAAGCGGAGGAGACGGAGCAGAUGAUCGAGAAGGAGGCAGCCGAAGGCGGCGGCGGCGGCAGCGGCAGCAGCAACAACAGCGUCGGCGGCGGCAGCCAGAGGGCUGCGGAUGCCAAAGAGAUGCGAGCCGUGGUGCUCUCCGCCUUCGGGGGACUGAACAAGCUGCGCGUGUCCAAAAAAGUCAUGCCGGAGCCUCAGGAAGGAGAACUCAAGAUCAGAGUCAAAGCCUGUGGAUUGAAUUUUAUUGACCUGAUGGUUCGGCAGGGGAACAUUGACAACCCACCCAAAACCCCACUUGUACCUGGCUUUGAAUGCUCUGGAAUUGUAGAAGCUCUGGGUGACAAUGUGAAAGGCUAUGAGAUUGGAGACAGAGUCAUGGCCUUCGUCAACUACAAUGCCUGGGCAGAAGUUGUGUGCACACCUCUAGAAUUUGUGUACAAAAUCCCCGAUGAUAUGAGCUUUUCCGAAGCUGCCGCUUUUCCUAUGAACUUUGUAACUGCGUACAUGAUGCUCUUUGAAGUCGCCAACUUGCGGGAAGGCAUGUCAGUACUGGUGCAUUCCGCAGGGGGUGGAGUGGGACAAGCUGUUGCUCAGCUCUGCUCAACAGUCCCCAACAUUACCGUGUUUGGAACAGCUUCCUCCUUCAAGCAUGAGGCAAUCAAAGAUUCGGUAACCCACCUCUUUGACCGAAAUGCAGAUUACGUCCAAGAAGUGAAAAAAAUCUCUGCAGAUGGUGUAGACAUCGUCCUGGAUUGCCUUUGUGGGGAAAAUACAGGCAAAGGUCUCAGUCUUCUCAAACCACUUGGGACUUACAUUUUGUAUGGCUCAUCAAACAUGGUUACCGGGGAAACAAAAAGUUUCUUCAGUUUUGCAAAAUCCUGGUGGCAAGUGGAGAAAGUGAACCCGAUCAAGCUAUAUGAAGAAAACAAAAUAAUGGCUGGAUUUUCUCUCUUAAACCUGCUAUUCAAACAAGGCCGAAGUGGCCUGAUUCAUAAUGUAAUGGACAAACUCAUAAAACUGUACAACAAGAAGAGGAUCAAACCUCUGGUUGAUUCACUGUGGGCUCUGGAAGAGGUGAAGGAAGCAAUGCAAAGAAUCCAUGACAGAGGCAAUAUAGGAAAAUUAAUUCUGGAUGUGGAAAAAACACCAACUCCAUUGAUGGCCAAUGACAGUACAGAAACCAGUGAAGCUGGCGAAGAGGAAGAAGACCAUGAGGGGGACAAUGAGAAUAAAGAGCGUAUACCAUUCAUCCAGCAAUAG